CCCGCGUCCCGGUGCGCUUGGGCCGCAUCCCGCGCGGGGCCGUCCGCGGGCCCCGGGAGCGGUUCACGAUGCCGAUCAAUAAAUCAGAGAAGCCAGAGAGCUGUGAUAAUGUGAAGGUGGUUGUCAGGUGCCGGCCACUCAACGAGAGAGAGAAAUCCAUGUGCUUCCGACAGGCCGUCAGCGUGGACGAGAUGCGGGGGACGAUCACCGUGCAUAAGACGGACUCUUGUAACGAGCCCCCAAAGACCUUUACUUUUGAUACUGUCUUUGGGCCAGAGAGUAAACAGCUUGAUGUUUAUAACUUAACUGCAAGACCUAUUAUUGAUUCUGUUCUUGAAGGCUACAAUGGGACUAUUUUUGCAUAUGGACAAACUGGAACAGGCAAAACAUUCACUAUGGAAGGCGUCCGCGCAGUGCCUGAGCUUCGAGGGAUUAUCCCCAACUCCUUCGCUCACAUAUUCGGUCACAUCGCGAAAGCUGAGGGUGAUACAAGAUUUUUGGUUCGAGUGUCAUAUCUGGAAAUAUAUAACGAAGAAGUCCGUGAUCUCCUGGGCAAAGAUCAGACACAGAGACUAGAGGUUAAAGAGAGGCCUGAUGUGGGCGUUUAUAUCAAGGACUUGUCAGCCUAUGUGGUCAACAAUGCCGACGACAUGGACAGAAUCAUGACACUUGGCCACAAGAAUCGUUCUGUUGGCGCGACUAACAUGAAUGAACACAGUUCCCGUUCCCAUGCCAUCUUCACAAUCACCAUAGAGUGCAGCGAGAAAGGAGUGGACGGGAACGUGCACGUCAGGAUGGGAAAGCUUCACCUUGUGGACCUGGCUGGCUCGGAAAGGCAAGCAAAGACCGGAGCUACGGGGCAGCGCCUGAAGGAGGCUACAAAGAUCAACCUUUCACUCUCCACCCUGGGCAACGUGAUCUCGGCCUUGGUCGAUGGAAAGAGCACUCAUGUGCCUUAUCGUAACUCCAAACUCACUCGUCUUCUUCAGGAUUCCUUGGGCGGAAACUCAAAAACCAUGAUGUGUGCAAACAUUGGGCCAGCAGAUUACAAUUACGAUGAAACCAUCAGUACUUUGCGCUAUGCCAACCGUGCUAAGAAUAUUAAGAAUAAAGCUAGAAUUAAUGAAGAUCCAAAGGAUGCUCUGCUUCGCCAGUUCCAGAAGGAAAUAGAGGAGCUGAAGAAAAAACUUGAAGAAGGAGAAGAAAUCUCAGGCUCGGAUAUCAGUGGGUCAGAGGAGGAGGAGGAUGAAGAGGGUGAGGUUGGAGAAGAUGGAGAGAAAAGGAAAAAGAGAAGAGGCAGUAGCAGCAGCAGUAGCUCAGACUCCACAGGCUCUGUCGUAGAGAAGCCUCGGGAUAAGUUCUUGCCUAAUCAAGCAGGUAAAAAGAAAGUUUCCCCAGAUAAGAUGGUGGAAAUGCAAGCUAAAAUUGAUGAGGAGAGAAAAGCACUGGAGACAAAGCUCGACAUGGAAGAAGAAGAAAGAAACAAGGCCAGAGCUGAGCUGGAGAAGCGGGAGAAAGACCUGCUGAAGGCCCAACAAGAGCAUCAGUCUUUGCUGGAAAAAUUAUCUGCUCUGGAGAAGAAGGUAAUUGUUGGUGGUGUUGAUUUGUUGGCCAAAGCUGAGGAACAAGAGAAACUUCUGGAAGAAUCCAAUAUGGAGCUGGAAGAAAGGAGAAAAAGAGCUGAGCAGCUUCGCAGAGAGCUUGAGGAGAAAGAGCAAGAGCGCUUGGAUAUCGAGGAAAAAUAUACCAGUUUGCAAGAGGAAGCACAGGGAAAGACUAAGAAGUUAAAGAAAGUUUGGACUAUGUUGAUGGCUGCCAAGUCGGAGAUGGCUGACCUCCAACAAGAGCAUCAGAGGGAAAUCGAGGGCCUGCUGGAGAACAUCCGGCAGCUGAGCCGAGAGCUGCGGCUGCAGAUGCUCAUCAUCGACAACUUCAUUCCUCAGGACUACCAGGAGAUGAUUGAGCACUACGUGCACUGGAAUGAAGACAUAGGCGAAUGGCAGCUGAAAUGUGUUGCCUAUACAGGAAAUAACAUGAGGAAGCAAACUCCAGUACCUGAUAAAAAGGAGAAAGACCCCUUUGAAGUAGACCUUUCUCACGUGUACCUCGCCUACACUGAGGAGAGUCUGCGUCAGUCUUUGAUGAAAUUAGAAAGGCCGCGGACUUCAAAGGGGAAGGCGAGGCCGAAGACGGGGAGAAGAAAGCGUUCUGCGAAGCCUGAAGCUGUAAUUGAUUCAUUACUCCAGUAAAUGUUGUAGACUUAGUGACAAUAAAAGCUCGUGAUGUUCUCACACCUGGACAAAAAUGUUUAAUUAAAACCUGGAAGACGCCUGCGUACUGUCACGUAAUGGAAGCUGUAAAUCGUGGCGUGAGACUGGAAAUACAGUUUGCCUGCUAACUUUGAA